CCUGUUUCUACUCAGGAAGUUCUGCCUGUGUUCACCUGGUUCUCUACACGCUGACCUCAGACCGACCCAGGACGGUUUUUCAGGGAAGUCCAUCUCCCAGUUAAUCCUCCAGUGGUCCCACUAGCCAGUUCAGUCUUAUCCAACCCAGACUGGGUCCAGACUGAGUGAGUCUGACUACGACUCACUGGGUCCAGAAGCGGUACCAGGACUUGGGACUGGGACCAGAAGCUUCUGGUCCAGCGUCUGUAGCAGACUGUGAUGGUUUGACUGGUUGAUUCUCUCUCAGCCGCUGGAUGUGAGCAGGCAUGAAGAAGGUGCUGGUGACCAGGUUCUCACGCUGUCUGCAGGCCAACCAAUCAGAGACGGAGUUGGGAGUGUGUGAGGAUUUGGUUCUUCUUCAAUAUUUGUUGGAACUUGAAAACGUUUGAAUUCUGCAAAAUUUAGCUUUUUUUUUUAUUUUAGAAACUGUGAAAAUGUGUGAUGUGAUUUAAAUUUUAUUCCAUGACGCGAGUCCAGAAUUCACCUGGAGGAUGUUCAGAAACCUGUUUCUACCCGUCCGACGCUCCACCCCGGAUCAUCACUGAUCAGAAAUCAAUAUUUCAUGGAUCAGAAGAGUGGGUGCUUUUGUUUUGAAAAGCCCCUGCCGGAAGUUACGGUGAUGUAGCGAACAGUUUCCGGUAGGUGCCAAACCGGAAGUCCACGUCCGUCUGCAGACAGAACGGUGGACGGACCGGUCAGGACUCGAGUGGAACUGUUCUAAACUCCGACCUAUUCCACCUGAGUUACACAAAAUGGCGGACGAGGCCACGCGCAAAGUCGUUUCGCAGAUUCCGCUCCUGAAGACGCACGCGGGGCCCCGGGAACGCGCGCUGUGGCCGCAGCGGCUGAAGGAGGAGUACCAGGCGCUGAUCCGGUUUGUGGAGCAGAACAAGGCGGACGAUAACGACUGGUUCCGCCUGGAGUCCAACGCGGACGGCACGCGCUGGACUGGCACGUGCUGGUUCAUCCACGAGCUGCUGCGCUACGAGUUCCGGUUGGACUUCGACAUCCCGGUGACGUACCCGGACACCGCGCCUGAGGUGGCGGUUCCGGAGCUGGACGGGAAGACGGCCAAGAUGUACCGCGGCGGGAAGAUCUGCCUCACCGAACACUUCGCUCCGCUUUGGGCGCGAAACUCGCCGCGCUUCGGUCUUGCGCACCUCAUGGCGCUCGGACUCGGUCCGUGGCUCGCGGUGGAGAUCCCGGACUUGAUCAGCAAGGGGCUCGUGGUCCACAAGGAACAGCGGCGCGAGGCGGCCGAGUGACGUAUCCAUCCAUCAGGAGAGUUGAUCACUGUCACGAGACUGAUAAUAAAUGUGGUGAUGACGUCAUAAGAUGCUUUUU